AUGUCUUCUUCUUCCUCCUCCUCCGCCAUCUUCCUCCGCCGCCUCAUCGACUCCGAGCCCCACCACCUCCCCUCCCUUGACUACCUCUCCCUGUGCCGUGACCGCACCGUCGACGUCACCGCCCGUCAGGACUCCAUCAACUGGAUCUUGAGAGUCCACGCCCACUACCGUUUUGCUCCUCUCACGGCGUUCCUCUCCGUCAACUACUUCGACCGUUUCCUCUCCACUCGCUCCCUCCCGCGACAGCAUGGGCGGUGGCCGUUUCAGCUGCUCUCCGUGGCGUGUUUGUCUUUAGCGGCCAAGAUGGAGGAGCCCCAUGUCCCCUACAUCAUCGACCUUCAAAUCUUCGAGCCCAAAUUCGUCUUCGAACCCAAAACUGUUCAAAGAAUGGAGCUUUGGGUCAUGUCUACUCUCAACUGGAGACUCCGCUCCGUCACACCCUUCGAUUUCCUCCCCCAUUUCAUCAACAAGCUCCCCGCUUCUUCUCCUCUCAACCUUUUCGAGGCUUCUUCUGAUCUAGUUUUCAAAACCAUACGAGUGAUUGAUUUCUUGGGUUUUACACCGUCGACUGUGGCGGCGGCGGCUGUGCUCUGCGCCGCCGGCGAAAGCGUCGAGUCUGCGGCGGCGGAAGACCAAGAAAAUGUGAGAAGCUGUCACCAACUCAUGGAGGAGUACCUGAUCGACACGUGCCCCUCAUCCUCCCGCCAUAAAGCCGGUAGCCCCGCCAUGCCUCCUCCGUCCGCCCCCGGCAGCCCGGUGGGCGUGCUCGAUGCGGCCGCAUGCGUGAGUUGCGACACGCACUCGUCUACCGUCCAAGCCGAGCCGCCCCCAAAACGUCCCCGAACCUCUUCCCCGGACAAUGUACAACCUUUGUAG